CUAGCGUCACGUGACCGUCGCCUGCUUUAAGCGGAGCGGGCGCCUGGGGCCGGGGUUCCCCUCUGGCCGCAGCUCCUCCGCCCGCCGCCAGGAUGAUGUGCGGGGCGCCCUCCGCCACGCAGCCCGCCACGGCCGAGACCCAGGCCAUCGCCGACCAGGUGAAGCCCCAGCUGGAGGAGCAGGAGAAUAAGAAGUACACUACCUUUAAGGCGGUGGAGUUCAGGAGCCAGGUGGUCGCAGGGAGGAACUACUUCAUCAAGGUUCAAGUCGAUGAUGAUGAGUUUGUGCACAUUCGAGUGUUUCAGAGUCUCCCGCACGAAAACAAACCCUUGGCCUUGUCCAGCUAUCAGACCCACAAAGCCAGGCACGACGAACUGGCGUAUUUCUAGUUCCCGCUCUGAACAUGGCCCGUCCGUGUGGUUCUGUCCUCUGUGGACACGUCUGGGGUCAUAAACGGGUGCCAUUUCUUCACUGGGGGUGGGGUGGGGGGGUGUUGCGCAGCUCUUCUGACUUGCGUUGGGAGAGACAAAGUCAACCCAACCAGCGAUCUUAAUUACUUUCAAAGAAGGCUUAUAGUCUCUUUUAAAUACAUAUUUUUAAGUCUUGGCAAAUAUAUUCCUUCGUUUUGAGUUUUUUUGGCUUCGUCGGAAACCACAGUCCCGUACAGAAGCGUCAGGAAGCGUGAGAGUGGCGUGCUAAUAUGGUUGUUUGACAGCCACGUGACCGCUGUGCCACGUGGCACCCCUCCUGGGUCGCGUACUGGCCUGAGCUGGCCGGAUACCUCUUCUACCUACAGAGCUGCCUCCCGGGGGAGUCGCUCAAGGUCCCCGCAAGUGGAUGGUAGACCCAGGACUCCAGGAGCCUGUGCUCCAACCACAGCUCCCCACGCUCAGCUUUGACUGUGUCCUGUCUCCAGGCCUUAGUCUCCCCCAUAAAAUAAAAGGCUUUGGGCAAAUCUGAUUCUAGAGCAUUAGCUCUGGAUGUACUUAGACGCACUCACACACCACCCUUACACCCCAGUAGAAACACACACGCGUGUGCAGAGGACGCCAUAGGUGUACGUGUACGUGUAGAAUAGUUGUGAGGCCUCGCUGAGCACCAUCCACCUGGAAGGGUUCUGGAACUUAGCCUCUGAGCAUCUGGGCAACGGCACAUCUCCAGUUUUCGACACAGGGUCCCCGCCAUGAGCGAAGGCAGUGCAGUGGUUUGCCCUGUGUCCGUUUUGCAAAUAAAGAGCACGCGCAUCGUCGCAAGAGUAGGGGCUGAGACGUCUGUGUGGUUCAGGUCAUGGCAGAAAACCAUCCCCGAGGGUUCGAGUUGGUCUCAAAUCACCACACCACACCACUCUGCAUCGGCGGCGUGUGGCGCUUGGUGCCGGGUCGGCAGUGCAAGGCGCGGGCUGUCCAGAUCGCGAGGGAAGGAAGAGCACACCAGGGUCGCAGGGUGAGCAAGCAGCUUGAAAGCGGCAAGAAGAGGGGCGCCCGGGGGGCUCAGUCGGUUGGGCGUCCGACUUUGGCUCAGGUCGUGAUCUCACGGUUCGUGGGUUCGAGCCCCGCGUCGGGCUCUGCGCUGACCGCUCGGAGCCUGGAGCCUGCUGCCGAUUCUGGGUCUCCCUCUCUCUCUGCCCCUCCCUCUGCUCUCAAAAAUAAAUAAACAUUAAAAAAAAAUUUAAGUGGCAAGAAGAACA